AUGGUACUCACACGUUCCCAAAAAGGCAGGCCGUCGAAUAAAUACGAUAAUACCAUGGAUCACAGCAAGAGUGGACAGUCAAACCCUACGUAUGGAGAUCAAGGGACGUCGGAGGCCCAAUGUGCGUCCACCAGUCAAAUGGAUGCGCCUCCGGAGGGAGUUCACGUGGAGCCCCCACCCAGGUCUCGGGGUGACAGUCACACCGCAUCGAGAAGAUCCACAGGGAGUAUGGUAAAGGCUAGGCUUUUAGCAGCCGAGGCAGAGCACGCUCGCCGGCUCGCUGAGUUAGAACGUAAAGUUGCGGAUGCUGAGCUACGCGCACAGCUCGCCGCUAUAGAGGCUGAGAGUAGCGUACAUGCAAACUCGUAUGCAAGCUCGUGUAUGAGUAGCAAACAGGUUGAAACGUGGUUGAAUAAUAACCCGGGUGAUGGCCCGUUAGCAGAGGAGCCGAUCGAUCGGCAAACCGGCAUUAGUGCCCCAGAGGUCCCUGCGUCACACUCUUUAGGGUUACCAUUUCAUCCUACUACUUCUCACAACUCUGUCAGUGAUCCCCAGGGACAAAAGUACACGGGGAGUUUUGACGCACAAUUCAUAGGUAAGGCUAUAAGUGAUUUAGGUGCAGUCUUAACAAGUAAUAAAUCGAAUAACUGUCAUACCAAGUUGCCGUUAUUUGAUGGCAGUUGUGCUACUGAGUGGCUUAGCUUCAAACGUACAUUUGUAGACACGGAAAAAUUCUAUUCAGCAGGUGAGAAUCUCGCACGCCUAAACGGUGCGUUGCGUGGAGCCGCGCGGGAGGCUGUUCACGUCCUAUUGGUAUCGGCGCGUGACCCACAGCAGGUCAUCAGUGCACUCGAAACCCGAUUUGGAUGUCCCGAGAUGAUUAUGCUACAAGAAUUAAAUUCCGUCCGAGCCCUACCGAAAGUUAGUAGCGAAGGAAAGGAUUUAGAUGUAGAUAUUGUAGAUUCUGAUUCUUCUACAUCACAAAGCGACAAGAAUCAGAUAGUAAAUACUCGCAGAACUGAAGAAUGUGCUGUCGAAGUUUCAGCUCAUGCUACCACCACUUUUCUGAACACACUUUCUCGCUCUUUACUAAAAAUAAUUGCUGUCAGAGUGUCUGGUCCCAGUGGUACUGUCAACACAUAUGCACUAUUAGAUGACGGCUGUACUACAACACUGAUUGACGCGAAAAUUUCGAAACAUAUUGGUGCUGUAGGUCCCAAAGGUCGUGUGCAUAUUGACUGCUUAGGUGGACUUUCGAAAAUUGCCGAUGAGCUUUGUUACGAAAACGCGCAACCUACAAUCGUGAUAGGGAUUGAUAACUGUCACUUGACAGUACCUAAAUUAAUACGAGCGGGUACUGCUACUGAACCGAUGGCUAUUAAGACUGCUUUAGGCUGGGUUGUUUGCGGACCUAUUAGUAAAAGUAAAAUAGGAAGUGGUCGUGAUAUAAUAAAUCACGCUACAGUUUUUGAUGAUUGUCAAUCCGAUAACAUUCAAAAUUUUGAAGAAAUAAUUAAAGAACAUUAUAGAUUGGAUUCAUUUGUUAAAAAAGAAUAUCGCGAUAGGUCGGACGCACAUGCACUCAAAAUUUUGGAAAGCACAGUGCGACGAUUGCCUGAUGGACAUUUUGAAGCUGGUCUUUUGUGGCGUCCUGAUAUUAGUGUCGUGCCAAAUAAUUAUAGAUUAGCACUUUCACGUUUUCUUAGCCUAGAAAAGAAGAUGAAAAGUGAUAAUCAAUACGCGCAGUUAUAUCGUCUGAAUGUACAUGCUAUGAUAGACAAGGGCUACGUUGAGGAAUGUCACAAGUCACCAAUAGGUAUUUCCUGGUAUCUCCCGCAUUUUGGGGUGACACAUCCGCAUAAAUCAGGAAAAUUACGCAUUGUUCAUGAUGCUGCCGCUAAAUUCCAAGGGGUCAGCUUAAAUUCUUUAUUAUUACCCGGUCCUGAUCUCUUACAGCCCCUUCUUGGUAUACUCAUGAGAUUUAGGGAAGGCCCUAUUGCUUUAACAGCCGAUAUUCGAGAGAUGUUUCCGCAGGUUAAGAUAAGGGAGCAGGACCGAGACGCUCAAAGAUUUUUAUGGCGCGAUUAUCACACGCAGGAAAUUAAAAUAUAUCGCAUGUCUUCAAUGAUGUUCGGCGCUUGUUCGAGUCCAUGUACCGCGUUGUAUGUUAAAAAAGUGAAUGCUGAUGAAUUCCCGGAAGCAGCACAUGCCUCUGUAUUUGAUACAUACAUGGAUGACUAUAUAGGAUCGCAGGACAACAUUGAGAAAGCAGCUCGUUUAGCUGCAGAUAUUGUAGAGCUGAAUAAGCGAGCUGGUUUUGAGAUGCGCGGUUGGGCAUCCAACAAUCCUGAUGCCCUAGCACUUUUAUCAAAAGACUUGGUUUCUACUUGUAUCAAAAGUAGAAACGAGUCCAUAGAUUUAGGUAAUUCGAACAACGACGUAAAUGUUCGGACUCUAGGUCUUAUUUGGCAGCCUAAUAUUGAUACAAUUUCGUUUAGUAUUGGGUUCGAAAAUGAUAAAUUGCCACAUCAGAUUACUAAACGUGAUGCGCUUUCUUAUGUAAUGCGUAUUUAUGAUCAUCUUGGUAUUUUAGGACCUAUAGUUUCCAGAGGGCGUAUCAUGUUUCAGAAUAUAUGGCGUAAACGCCUCACAUGGGACGACGAGUUACCUCAAACCGACCUGAAGAUUUGGCAUGAUUGGUUUCAGGAUCUAAAAUUGGUAUCUAAUCUCAAGAUAUCACGCUAUUACGGUUUGAGUGAACCCGAUGUAUCCAAACGCGAGCUUCACAUCUUCUGUGAUGCUAGCGAAAUGGCUUAUGCAGCAGUUGCAUAUUGGCGGAUGAUUUUUACAAACGGAGAUGUGAAGGUCGUUCUCAUUUCCAGUAAGUGUAGAGUAGUCCCAUUAAAGCCGACCUCCAUCCCCCGUUUAGAACUCCAGGGAGCGUUAGUCGCUGCUCGUCUAGCGUCAUUCAUAGUCGAAUCUCAUAACCAUAAACCAACAAAACGAUUCUUUUGGACUGAUUCGUUAAACGUGCUAGGGUGGCUCCGGAGUGAUGCGCGUACCUAUAAGCCAUUUGUAGCUCAUCGUUUGGGUGAGAUACUCGAACUCACACUAGUCAAUGAAUGGCGAUGGGUUCCAACGCAUAGUAACGUGGCUGAUGAUGCUACGCGUGUUAAUCGUAUUAUUUUAACACAGUCGUCUCGUUGGCUUGUAGGUCCCAAUUUUCUGUAUGACAGUGAGUCUAGUUGGCCAUCAUCUCCACCAGUAUCUAUGGCUGGUAGCUUGGACAAAAAUGACGUAGAACUUAAACCGUCUACUCGUCAUCACUCAUGUUUUGUUAAUCUCAUUACGUCACAGCCAUCUCCCAUGCCUCUUGUAGUUAGCUCUGACAGACUAAGCUCCUGGUUGAGAUUGUUAAGAGCAACGGCAAGAGCUCAUAAACUCAUUACCUUGCUGCGUCGGAAAGGCACUUCUGAUAUUACGGCUGAAGAUUUGUCUGUUGCUGAAACACAUUUACUGCAACAUAGCCAGUUAGAAACGUUUACGGAAGAACUUGUACUCUUGAAAAAUGGUCAACCUCUACCACGGAAGAGCAAAUUGUUCACGCUUUCGCCGGUUAUCGAUGAACAGCGAGUCAUCCGUUUAAAAGGCAGGAUUGAUCGUGCAAUAGACGUCGAAGAUCACGUGAAGCGCCCUAUUAUCUUGGAUGCUCGUCAUCGAACUGUGCGUCUACUUAUUGCCUAUUAUCACGAAAAGGCAGCUCAUGGCAAUACAGAGUUGGUAGUAAAUGAACUCAGACAGUUUUAUUGGAUCAUUCACCUUCGAAGCGCUGUUCGAUCUGUUGCUUACAAUUGCAGAGUCUGCAAGAUAAGACGUGCUACACCGUAUCAGCCUCCUAUGGGAGACUUACCCGCUGCCCGUGUAGCUCAUCACAAGAGACCCGUCAGUUUUACUGGUCUUGACUAUUUUGGACCUCUUCAAGUUGCUGUUGGCCGACGUCGUGAAAAGCGGUAUGUCGCUCUUUUUACAUGUUUGGUGACUAGAGCAGUUCACCUAGAAUUGGUACAUAGUUUGAGUAUCGAUGCCUCUAUUAUGAGUUUACGCAGAUUUAUUGGUAGACGUGGGGUUCCUACAGAAAUCUGGUCGGACAAUGGGACGGCAUUCGUCGGUGCCAAUCAUUUAUUGAAGUCUUUGUAUGGAGCUGAAAUGGAACUGUUUGCUGCAAAUGAGUGUAUUUCUUGGAAAUUCAUUCCACCAUCUGCUCCUUUUAUGGGCGGUUCAUGGGAGAGAUUAGUGAGAUCAGUGAAAAACGCCAUGCAAGUCACUUUGAAAGAGCGUACACCCAGUGACGAGAUUUUGUUAACUCUUCUUAUAGAGGCAGAAGCGCUCAUAAAUUCCAGACCUCUCACUCACGUGCCCUCUGACCCUGAUCAGAGUGAAGCUUUGACUCCUUUCCAUUUUAUACUUGGAACUUCGUCAGGAAAACCAAUACCUGCACGUAUAGAAGACCGAGACCUCUGUAGUAGAGCAGGAUGGCAAAGGGCCCUACGCCUCGCAGAUCAUUUCUGGUCCAGGUGGGUUAAAGAAUAUCUGCCAACACUAUUGCCUAGACGAGGGCAGGGUAUUGCGCCAAGAGUGAAUGUGGGGGACCUGGUGCUAGUUGUAGAUGAUCAACAACCGCGUGGAACGUGGCUAAGAGGUGUAAUCACUGCAAUUUAUCGAGGACAAGAUAGCAUUGCUCGAAUAGCCGAAGUACGGACGCCUAUCGGCUUAUUUAGACGCCCAAUGAGGAAGUUGGUGCCCCUGCCUACGUAA